UUGGAAGGGUGUAUAUUAUUCGCUCGCACUGUCCCUCGAAGUUUUUCGAUUAGAAGGCAGCCAAAUUCACAAGGUUUUACUAUUUCUUUAUGCUUUUCAGAUACACGAGCGCUCACGUUCGCCCCGAAAAAGUUGGAAGAGUUCUUCAGCCGUCACUAUCGAUUAAAUAAUGAGGAUAUACACAAAUUGCUGGGCUGCUUUCACAUCGAUAAAACUCAAGUGGCGAGCAAAAGAAAUCGAAUGGCGAUAGGAAGAUUGAAAAUUGUGGACACUUAGGAAAUUUCCCAGUGCAAUAAAAUGUCGAGUGCAGCAAAGAGAUCAUCCGCGAUCGGAUCGGCGGACUUUGAGAUGGACCAAAUGGCCGAGGCGGAGCUGCAGAGGCUGCAAAGGCAGCGGCGCGUGAUGGAAAAUGAACGGGCGACAUUUAACGAGGAGCGUGUGAAGAAAUCCCGGCAGCAGAAGAAGAUAAUUGAGAUUCUGCGUCGUGAGCAGGAACAGUUGCAAGAGGAGCUGAACAGCAUUCUCGUGGGUCCACAUGCGAAGCGUGAAAGUGAAUUGGAGCAGGAGAUGAGGCGUCUCGAGGCGGAGAUCGAGAGCCACACGCAACUGUUGGAUGUGGAGAAGGGCAAUCUGUGGGAGCUGGACGGCCACAUCAGGAAGCUGCAGAAGGAGAUUGAUCGCCUGCGGGGCAAUCAAAUCACCGAUCAUCGCUACAACGAGAAGAUUUGCAAGAUGCAGAAGGACGUGGUGAAGCUGGAGAAUCGCCUGGAGGUGGCGCACAAGCGAGCGGGAGCUGUGAUGGCUGAGAACGCCGAAUUGCGACAGAUCAUCGAUCACAUGCUCCAGGAGAGGGCGCUGUUUAACGACGUGUGGGCGAAGAUGGUGACGCAGCUGAACCAGGGAAAGAAGCACAUGAUGGACCUCAUUGACCAGUCCACGGCGGCAUACGAUCAGCGCGAUGAGCUGUGCAACAAGCUGCAGUUGCUGAAGGAUCGCAACCAGGCGGACAAGAUGGCUCACAUCCAGGAGAUGCGCGAACUCCAGCGAAAGCUCGAUCAUGAUGCCAAAUUGCACCAAUUUCUGGGCAUCAAGGGUCAGCAUCGGGUCAACACGGAGCUGGACAUGCGAGAGGCCAACAAGAAGCGCGUGCUGCAAGAGCAGCUGGAGAGCCAGCUCGAGGAGUACAACACGAUUCUGAAGCGAAUCAGGGCCUUCUCAACCGAGGAAGACAUCGACAAAUUGGCCUCUCAGUUUGUGAAGCAGGAGGAGGAGAAUUUUGCCUUAUUCAACUACGUUAAUGAACUGAGCCACGAAGUGGAAACGCUGAAUGAGAGUGUCCAGCGUCUGCAAGACAGCAUUGAAGAGCAGAGGGGACUCAAUGAAAGUAAGAAAAAGUCUCAAAUGGACACCAUUGAGUCGCUGGAAAAAGAGCUGGAGCUACAGACCGAGAAGGCGGAUCGUGCCAAUGACAUAAAAGUCACGUGCGACGAGAAGCUCAAUGAACUCCUCACGGGCGUCGAGAGGAUCUUUCGGCUCAUCAGGUGUGACGAUGCACCAGUGCUGAAUCUCCUGGGCAUUCACAAGCGCGUCACCAUCACCAAUGUGCAGCUGUUCCUCGGCAUCAUCGAGAAGAAGACCAAUCAGAUGAUCGCCACGAUCACGUACGUCGAGCCGCCGUCGAAGAUUCUCGCGAAGAAGGAUCGCAUUCCCAAAUUCAACGUGCGCGAGUCGGCAAAGGGCCAUCGAGGACAGCAAAAGUGAGUCGCAUG